GUCCUUGAAAGGUGCCAGGGUGCUGGUGACUGGCGCCAGUACUGGCAUCGGUGAGCAGUUGGCGUAUCACUAUGCCUGUUUAGGAGCCCAACUUGUUAUCACGGCGAGGAGAGGAAAUGUCCUAGAACAGGUUGUGAGUAAGUGCUUGGAAAUGGGGGCUCAAACGGCCUUGUUCAUCCCUGCGGACAUGGCGAGCCCCUCCGAUGCUGAAAGUGUGGUACAGUACGCCAUCGAACAGCUUGGGGGUCUGGAUUACCUGGUUCUGAACCACAUCGGGCCCAGUCCGUACAGAAUAUGGGAUGGAGACGUGGAGCACACACGAUGGCUGCUAGAGGUGAAUUUUCUUAGUUACGCACAGAUGACUCAGAAAGCUUUGCCAACUCUUGAAAAGAGUAACGGAUCAAUAGUUGUUGUUUCCUCCCUGCUAGGAAAAAUAUGUGGCCCCUUUGCUUUGCCGUAUGCCGCAACAAAGUUUGCACUCAACGGUUUCUUUGGAGGCCUUCAGCAUGAGCUAGCUAUGCAAAAAAGCAAUGUGUCCAUAACCAUCUGCAUACUCGGCCUGAUCGACACAGAUAGCGCCAUGGAGAAGAUCAACGGUUACAUCAAUAUGACCGCCUACCCUGCACACGAAGCCGCCUGGCACAUUAUCGAAGCUGGAGCGUCUCGACAGUCUGAGACCUUUUACCCUUGGUACACCUUCUACGCCUGCCUCUUCAGGGAUUGGUUCCCCUACUUCAGGGAUCAGGCGAUUCAAAACUCCUACACAUAUAAUCCACAAAUUAAUAAGGAACCAGUUACUGGAAGCUGACAGUUUCAUCGAAAUCUAUGUGUGGAGCAGAGCAUUAGCCAUUAACGUAUGUGCUUUGACACACCAAGCCCUGGUGCUCAUGAGGGUGUUGAGUUCUUCUCCCUGUUGUU